GUUGUCCCAAUGGAAUAACGAACAUCACAGGCUCCAUAAGUACGCUUGUGUACCCUGAGUCAGGUAAUUAUGGUGUGAAUGAGACCAAAUGUUGGCGAAUUAAAGUUCCAGAAACCUCUGGCUACAUCAUAUAUCGUUUUUCAAGGCUUGACGUAGAAAUGUGCUCUGAAUGUAAAUGUGACUAUCUUCAAAUGAGGUCUUCCUACAGUGAUUUACACCCGCGAAAAUUUUGUGGACGAUAUAGUUACAACUACUUACAGGGAUUUGCCUUCAACGUCGAUUGGGAAGCGGGAAUUUUUGAGGAUAUUUCUGCACCAACGAUCUACCUUCGUUUCGUGUCGGAUGACACAGUACAUUACACAGGAUUUAAUGUUACCUUUAUAGCCGCGUCCAGGAGAGAGGGUGACAUAAACUAUCUGAAUGCAAGCGAAGAUGAAACUAUUGAGUUUGGCACACCAAAAGUCGACAUUGAGAACUACCCCUCAAAUUACGCAGAACAGUGGAUUUUAAUCGUCCCUGAGGGACGGAAGGUCCAGAUAGACUUUGACAUAUUUGAACUGGAAGACAGUGAGGAUUGCAAAAACGAUUAUGUUGAGUUCCGUGAAGCAUCCAUCUUAGUUGGUGAUCCUAAAAGAAUAUAUGGCCAUUUUGGUCCAAUCCUGACAGGACGCCUGUGUGGAAAUACAAAGCCAAACUCGAUACUGAGUCAAGGGAACAUGGUUUGGGUUCAGUUCCUGAGUGACAGAAACUCCACUACUGUAAACAAGGGAUUCAAAGCUUCUUUUAAAGCAGGACAGGGAAGAUUGCCUGUUAUCCGUCCAAUGAUGCUUUUUUUUCUCUCAGCUUUGAUCAUGCAUGUGUCAAAGAAAAACUUGUUCUAA